AACAAACUGUCUGCGUCGUAAACAAACUUCGCGGAUCGCGUGAAGGCCGGCGCGUCAUAACUCGUUGUGCUCAUCGACACGGCACAAAAUUAUCGCUCGGAAUCAGUUUCGUGAAGUUGCCAGCGCGGGAUUAUGUAAGGACAAUCCGCAGCACCAAAGCCGGAACAACGAUGGCAGUGCGGCAAACCGUCGGCAGACUGGCUUCGGCAGCCACUGGGAUCGGCGGUGCCAGCAGUGUUCGCACAGCCACCACAGCGAGCGACAUCGAGUUGGCCAUGGCACGGAUAAUUCCGGGAAUCUUCAAGCACAGCCGCUGCCGGAACGGGGUCUACCCGCAGAGCGACGUACGGCGCUAUCCGGUGCCGGAUGAGUCCGUCUUCUGGACGCAGACGUACUCCGACUACCAACCACCGGUGCACGAGUCACCGAUUUUGCAGGGCAAAGAGUGGGCCGAUUUGGACGCUGAGAAUCCCGCGUUCGAACCGAAAUGGAACCAGCUCGAUGGGAAGGUCAACCGGGUGAGCUUCGUUGGCGAGUACGAAAUAAAGGACGACUGUCCGGUGAAUCCGUUCGGUCGUACCGGUAUCCGUGGCCGCGGUAUACUGGGCCGCUGGGGACCGAACCAUGCGGCCGAUCCCAUCGUGACGCGCUGGAAGAUGGACGAAGCGGGCGAACCGGUGCUGCACCCGGACAGUGGCAAGCGCAUUCUGGAGAUGUGUGCCAUCGAGCGACAGGACUGUGGCGAGUGGGCCAUCCCGGGUGGUAUGGUUGACCCGGGCGAGAAGGUGAGCGCCACGUUGCGCCGUGAAUUUCUCGAGGAAACAAUGGACAACGACGCCGGAGAGGAGGCCGGUGCGGUGGAGCAGUUCUUUGCGGCCGGUACCGAGAUCUACAAGGGCUACGUGGACGAUCCGCGCAACACGGACUGUGCGUGGAUGGAAACGGUGGCGGUGAACUUCCACGACGAGACGGGCGCGGUCGUGGGCCGAUUUCCGCUUCACGCCGGCGACGAUGCGGCCAAGGUACGCUGGAUGGACGUGAACGAGGAGGUGAAACUGUACGCCAGCCAUUCGAACAUCGUGAAAAGAGUGGUCGAUAUGCUCGAGGCGCACUGGUAAGCCUAUGGCUGCGAAUUCGGAUGCCUUGGAAGGUUCGUGUUUGUGGGUUGUUGCGUGCCGUUGGCCAAACACGUUGCCACAGAGUACGUAAAUUGUUGUAAAAAUAAAACUGUUGUUACUACUGCGCGCGGCCAGAGUUGCUGGUGAUUAAAAUAAUCAUAACAUGUAUUUGUUUCACCUCUCCACACACCGAUCGAUCGAUCUUGAACUGCGUGCUUCUAGAACCAUUCCCAUCUAGUUUAGUGGUACCCAACGCGACUGGCGUUAAGCACGAGAU